UCAACCCGGCCAAUCCUGUUUGAGGUCCUGCAGGAAGUUUCAGGAUGUAAUCUGAAAUGCAUUCAGGGUCGGCCUCGGGACUUUCCAAAUCUCCCCUGCCAUUGUAAAAACAAAGUUAUACGCAUCUGGUUUCAGUUCGUAGGCGGCGCAUUUUAAAAGACGUGGGGGUGGCGGGGACAGAAACUGUAUAUUAAGGGUCUUAAUGAGGGGGACAUGUUCAAUCAUUCCCGCAUUAAUCGUACUGUAUUGUACAUGUUACGCCAACAGACAUAUAGAAAGGCAUGGGAUUCAGACUUGAUUGUAUGCCGGAGGAGGAGAGCGCCACGAUGACAGAACAGGGACUGUUAACGGCGCUGAUUAUACGGGACAGGAGUGAAAACAAGAAGAUAUUGUAUUGUGUUGCUUGCAGCAUGGUUGCAAUUGUGAUGCUGACCACCCUGCCGUUUUAUUUUUAUUUUUUCAUCAAUCUGGAUGCAGCUCGGUCAGCUUUGAUUCCUUUAAAUGUUGAUGAAAACGCUGCAGUCAGUUCCAGGAUUUCCCAGCCUCGCCAGAUACCGGUACCCAAAGCUCAUCUCACUGCGAUGGCACACAAUUUAACAAGUUCUGAAGACGUUGAAAACCAAUUUCUACCAUGGGAACACCAACAUGGACAGGCUUUCCUAAAGGAUGGCUUGGAUUACCAGGACAAUGCACUGGUCUUCCCCAUGAGUGGAGAUUACUUUGUUUACGCUCAACUCACAUUUCGUGAGAUUUACAAGAAAGAAAAAUGUGAACCUAGGAUGCUGAAGCAGACCAUCACCAAGGUGACUGAUAAGUACCCAGUACCCACAGAGCUUGCGACUGCCAGCCAGACUGUGUGCGAGACUGGCAUGUGGGUAAAGACCAUCUAUGUUGGUGCAAUUUUUCAACUUGAUAAAGGAGAUAGGCUGAAAGUUAAUGUCAGUAACAUUAGCUUGGUAGAUUUAACUAGUGAGAAAAAAACAUUCUUUGGUGCGUAUUUACUGCAAAGUAGGCAGCUUGAUUGAAUGGUAAUUUAAAAAAUCUUUAAACUGCCUCUUCCCUAUUUCAAAAUUUCAGCUCAAACUUUAUUUUAAACGUGGUUGUUCAGAUAAUGACACUUUCAGUAAAUUGCUCCCAAGCUGUACUUGGUUCUUAUGAAGCUCAAGUUUAUAAAGAAGAUAUGACCAUGCAUAAGUAUAUCAAUAUUACAUAAGUAUAUUCAAUUUACUGUUAUACAACAAGUAUGUAGUGUACUACAUUUAUUCUUUACCAAUUCAUUUGGAUAGAACAAAAACACUAUUUGUAUGGUAUGUAAAAAGAACAAAUGGCUUACAGAUCCGAAUCCCAAAUGAUUACAAAGUGCUUCUUGUUUUAAAGCAGCAUUUAGAUUAGUGAAUGUCUGUGGAAUGUUCAGCACUGCAGCCUGAGGGUAUGGAACGGGUUAACUAGCCAUCACUGGCCCUUUAACACCCAACUUGACAAAGCUGUGAGGGCAGUCCGCUAGGAACUGGUCAAGCAUCGAUGGGCGUCAUGCCCGUAUCUUGUUCAUAAAUUUUCUGAUCUUUUUGUAUAUUAAAAAAAAAAAAUCACGAAGACAUUUGAAUCCUUGUAAUUUGUUCUCUUCUAACUAGUUAAAUUAUCUAUAAGCUUUGGAUGUGAAUUCUCACUUAACUAUAUUUAUUUUGUGAAUACAUUACGAUAAAAAAGGUAUAUCAAAAAGAGGAAAUGAAUAUCCAGUCUACCAAACAAUGUGAGGAACACAUGGCUAAACCCACAUUAACUUCAUUGAUGUGUUCUUAAUCUGGCAUUCUCAAUCCUAAAAUGUCUAUUGUCAUACUGUAGGGGUGAAUGAUUUACAAAAUAAAAAUGUAACUGUUGAUAUAGGGGUUCCACAGUAUACUUUAUAGUUAUUUAUAGUUUGAAAGCAACAUGCACUAAACAAAGUCACAGCAUUCCCUAUCGGAUGCCACAGUUAGACCAGUUUAUUACAUUUUAUGAAUAUGCAAUACUUUGUUUGGUAGGCUUGCAUAAGCUGUGCUAGGGCAGAUAUGACAUAUUGUCACUGUAAUUAUGUUGAGAAACAGACCCCUGGCAGAUUGUGGGUUAGCUUCUCUGUGGCUUACUGAUUGUAGGGUAAUAUAUAUAUAUAUAUAUAUAUACAUGUACUGCAACAUUUUUAUAAAAUAUAAAGCCAAACACAAGAUGUGCUUAUAUAUUUAAGAGGAUUUCUAUCCAGCAAUCUCUUUUCAGUUGAAAAGAUUCUUAUUUAACUUUAUGAGCUUGCAUUUGAGCAGUUAAAACGCAGCUAUGGUGUAAUAAACUUAUUUGUGAUAUAUAAACUUUUUUGUGUGUGUGAAACUUAUUUGUGACAGUAUAAAAGUUCGGUUUUACAAAAAUAAAAACAUGAUUAUUUUUAAAGCCAUUCCUGAGUAUGAUUUAUAAUGUUAAUACGUCGUGUGUAGGGGGACUCUUAUUGUAUAGAGACGUCAUUUCACACCGUUUGAGCAGCCAGAAGCGCUCGGCUUUGCUUUCAGUCCUCUCGUCUAAACUGCAUGAGACGACAUCUCUUAUACAAUGAGAGACACCCUACACACAACGUACUAACUGCCAUUAUAAAUUAUAGAUAUGGCAAUGCUGUAAACGUCAGGCCAUAGUGAUGAAGGUUCAAAGGAAGAAAAUAAGCAUGUGCACUUUUGUAAUGUGUUUGUGGAAGCUUCAUAAUUUAUGUUGAUUCCUAUUUGUUAUUUAAUUAUUUGUAGUUAUUUGUAAUUCUGGAGUUUGUUUAAAGCUGUACUAUUUGAUAAAAUGGCAUAUUUAUUUUGCACUAAACUUGUUAAAAAUGCAAAAUUUGCAUUACCUAUUGUUUUAUAAAUAAUUAAAAAAUAAAGAAAAACUCAA